UCUGCUCUUCACCGGACCUAUCUGAAUAGAGUGUGUCUCCUUCCCUCAGGGCCCGAUGGCUGCAAAAUCCCAGCCCAGCGCUCCCAAAACCAAGAGUCCCGGCAGCGUUUCCAAUGGCACAGCUGCGUCUCAAGGGCAGUGGGGUCGUGCCUGGGAGGUGGACUGGUUUUCCUUGGCAAGUGUUGUCUUUCUGCUGCUGUUCGCCCCGUUCAUUGUGUACUACUUCAUCAUGGCAUGCGACCAGUACAGCUGCUCUCUGAUGGCCCCCGUGGUGGACAUCGUCACUGGGCGUGCUCACCUCUCGGACAUCUGGGCCAAGACCCCACCAGUGACGAAGAAAGCGGCCCAGCUCUACAGCGUGUGGGUUACCUUCCAGGUGGUUUUGUACUCACUGCUUCCUGACUUCUGCCAUAAAUUUCUGCCCGGCUAUGUUGGAGGAGUUCAGGAAGGGGCUGUGACUCCUGCAGGAGUUGUCAACAAGUACGAAAUCAACGGCCUGCAGGCCUGGCUCAUCACACAUCUCCUCUGGUUUGCCAACGCCCACUUCCUGUUCUGGUUCUCGCCGACGAUCAUCUUCGACAACUGGAUCCCGCUGAUGUGGUGCGCAAACAUUCUCGGCUACGCGGUCUCCGUGUUCAUCAUGGUCAAGGCCUACCUGUUCCCCACCAAUGCCAAAGACUGCAAAUUCACAGGCAAUUUCUUUUACAACUACAUGAUGGGUAUUGAGUUUAAUCCCCGAAUUGGCAAGUGGUUUGACUUCAAGCUGUUCUUCAAUGGACGCCCCGGGAUUGUUGCCUGGACCCUCAUCAACCUGUCCUUUGCAGCUAAGCAGCAGGAGCUGUACGGCCGGGUGACCAACUCCAUGGUCUUGGUCAACAUCCUGCAGGCCAUCUACGUGGUGGACUACUUCUGGAAUGAAACUUGGUACCUGAAGACCAUCGACAUCUGUCACGACCACUUUGGGUGGUACCUGGGCUGGGGGGACUGCGUCUGGCUGCCAUACCUUUACACGCUACAGGGCCUGUACCUGGUCUACCACCCCGUGCAGCUCUCCAACCUGCAUGCCGCGGGCGUCCUGCUGCUGGGCCUGCUGGGCUACUACAUCUUCCGGAUGACCAACCAUCAGAAGGACCUGUUCCGCCGCACGAACGGGCGCUGCCUGAUCUGGGGCCAGAAGCCCAAGGUGAUCGAGUGCUCCUACACAUCGGCUGACGGGCAGAAGCACCACAGCAAGCUGCUGGUAUCGGGCUUCUGGGGUGUAGCUCGCCACUUCAACUACACGGGUGACCUGUUGGGCAGCCUGGCCUACUGCUUGGCCUGUGGCGGCGGUCACCUGCUACCCUACUUCUACAUCAUCUACAUGACCAUCCUGCUGACCCACCGCUGCCUGCGGGACGAGCACCGCUGUGCCAACAAGUAUGGCCGCGACUGGGAGCGCUACGUGGCCACCGUGCCUUACCGCCUCCUGCCCGGCGUUUUCUGAAGGACCGUCCCGGGGAGGGGCUGCUGAAGCAGCCGUCGAGAGCAUGUGGAGCCGGGCUGAUGGCGGCUGACCUCUCGGCUCUGCCAGCUGAGAGCCUCGGUGUCCUUGUCUGUAAAACAGAAGGGCCGGCAGUUGGCAGGUGGGAGGUUGCUGAUCAAUAUUAGCAACUCUCCUUUCCCCUCGCCCCGAGGGGACUUCUGAGCGUUUACAUCAACUGCCUUCUCACCAGCAGGAGUGACUGAUUUUAGUAUUCACUGUCCCAAGGACAGGAGGGUGACCCGGUCACCUUUAAUAGCCAUUUGGUGACAGCGCUUCUUUGUAUUGGAACUCGAGUUGCUGCACUGCCCAGACAGACCGCACUGCCCAACAGACCACACUGCCCAGACAGACUGACCCUUGAUGGGAAGUCCUCCAGCUCCCUGCUUUUAGAGCUAUAUUUACUCUUGCUAAAUAAAGUGGACAGAUAAGGCGUGCCAAUUAUCAAUUUAUUGACUCUCAGCCCCGAAUCCGCCCUUCAUUACCUGCUCUGCAGCAGGGAGCCGGACCCUGUAGGUGUUUCUCCUUUGCAGCGAGCACCGUAUUCAGCCUGCCAGCAGAGGGCACUGAGGGGCAGGGCAUGAGGAAGAGGCCUCUCUAGUUCAGGUGCCUCCGUUUCAUUUCCUCUGUGUUCCUGCUGUAUGCCUUUCAGCAGGGCAGGACAGGGUGUCUGGUGGCUCUCUGUCCUGAAUGUGCAGACCCUCAUGAGCACACAGCCCUGGCCCAGCAACCACCUCGCUGCAGCCUCCCAGUGCAGACACUGCACAC